AUGAGAUACUUUGUAUGCCUUCUAGCCAGAGUUUAUCAAAUCAGUCAUGAAACACAGUUUAAAAUACUUAUAGGUGAAGUAUAUGAAUUGCUACAGGAACUGCGGAGUUUUAGUAAACACUCGAACUUCUUCCGUUUUUCCCAUGUGGUGCUCUGUGUGCUGGCAUUACAGAGCAUGCUUCGACUAAUGGGUGAAGUUUAUCUCAGCGAGUCAUUUCUACAAAUUAGAGGGGUUCUAACAUAUAUGCUUUAUACCAUGUUCAGCUGUUUCACACUUGUUUCAUUUCUUAUUUUGUUCACAAUGGUGAUGAUGAUUUUAAUACUUCUACUAUGUUGUUAUGAUGAACUGCAUCGUUGUACUCGACGCAUAUCGAAUGAUGUGCGUACGUUACGAAUGGGACAAACAAUGACGAGCGGUGAGCGUUUAGUGUUGGUGGAACAGUUGCGUUCAAUCAUGGAGCAGUUGAAUACAGUACGCACUAAAUUGUUUAUGGUGACAACGCGCUUGAUUAAGUUCUUCAGAUUUUACCUGCUUCUUGGCAUACUUUACUGUUUAGUCUUGGCAAUGACUGAACUUAUAGAGAUGCAUCCAAAUUGGAAGACACUUCAUAUUAUGAAAAGUUCUAUAGCACUUUUCAAUCUUGCGUUUUAUGUAUCCGUCUUUGAGAUAUUUAUGUGGAAAUCGAAACUUUCAAGAAGUUUUUGGAGUUUACAUUUACUUAAUUAUCAUCGUAAAUUUGAUAGAACAAUGGACAAAUUAUUAUACUGCGAACUAGUCGAACAUAUACAAGUGAAAGCUUAUGGGAUACGUUUGGACACAAAAUUGUUUUGGAAAAUCUUGAAUUUAUCCUACACAUAUAUACUUAUGAGAUUUGUUUACCAAAAAUUUUAA